GUCGAGGUCAGUGUCCAAGUUCCACGGCCAGAUGGAGGGAAGGGGGCGCAUGGGUGCAAACUUGGGUGGGGAGUUGAGGUCCAGAGGACCGACGUGGGUAAUUUUGUGGGUGGGAAGGCAGAUGCGCUUGGGAGCUUCCUGGCAAGAAGAGUCUUCGUCCGAGAUGGAGGAAAAGGUGCGCUUGGUGCACAUGGUGGAAAUGGUGGUGAAACACAUGGUGAUACGUACGGUUGGUGGUUCGGGAGAUGUACCCGAACGCUUGGGUGGUUGGUUGGUGGAGACGGGUGUGGUGGCUUGAGCUGUUGCUGGUAGAAGCUUACUUGGACUUCAAGUCUUGUUGUUCCUGGCAAGUGUUUGUUACUGGUGUUUCUGCUGAUGCUGAUGACAGGAAUCGAACAAUCUUGGUUGAUCCCAACACCGAUACUUAUACCUUUUCGACACUCGUCGACAUGCCCCCAUUCCCAAUAUCAGAUAUCGCUUACAGAACAGCCGGACAAAGAAGGUCAUCGACGACUCCCAAAUCGAUAGGCUCUCGAUUGCCCUCCGCCGAAACCCACGAGUGAACAACGGCACAAAGGCUCCCAUCGGCUACAGCCGUCCGGAACAAUGGAACUCGUACCCGGCUUCGAGAACACUGCCGGGGAAGCAUCCCAUUCGUCUUCCAAGUAGCCUUCGGGUAAGGCUGGUGGACAAUAGGCCUUGUUCAGUGUUCGAGAAGAACAGCGGAAGACGGCCUACUUUCCGGUUGGUCGAAGAAGACAAUGGGCAUUCGUAGGACAGUCUUCCAACCACCGGGCGCUGUUCAUGUGUCCAGAUAGCUUGGGAACCGAACAACAAGCAAGACAUCUCAAUCACCGUACCUAAACCC